GGCAGAGAACUCUUUUCUGCGAAAAGAAGCCUGGCUAAGUUCUACUGCAAAAAGCAGAUAUCCACUGGCUCUAAUCAAGCUGAUGACAAGGCUAGCRGAGGACCGUAUCUUGGCGGAUGAUGUUGAAAUGGCCGAAGCAGUGUUGACCUUCGUUGUUAAGAUAACAGAAGGGAGGGAAGAUGCCCAAAGGCAAAGAAAAAUUGCGAAGCAAAGGUUGACGUUUUUCCACAAAGAAGGAUUUGACAGAUUUGGAAAGAACAAAUUGUUUGUCCCUCUUGUAAAGUGGGAGGCUUUUAAGCUUGAAGUAGAACAGAUUCGAGAUUACGCCAGYGAUUAUGAAACUGCUUACAAUGGAUUACAAGCAUCGAUAAUGGCAAGCGAAAAUACAAAAGAAAUUAUWAAAGCACUACCGCCGGCGGCUGCACUCCAAGUUAGCAAAGAAAAGGAAAGGCUUAUCGAGGCAAGGAGAAUUGCCCUUAGCGAGAAAAAUGCGUAUGUGCCGGCUAUCAAGGAGUUAGAAUCCAGCAUGAAGGGGAGCCUAGAAGACAUGCUGACUGAGCUACCUGAUAUACAAGGCGACACCAWAUUCACAAAACAGGAUUUCUUUGCAAUUCUACAAGGUGUAACUGGAUUUUUCAGUGGUAUCGCUCAAAGUGAYCCUUUUGAUUCUAUUGGUGCUGCUAUUGGAGUUGCUGAGCAUUAUGCCACAAAGUGCAACACUGGAACACUUCAGGACAAUCUAGCAAACCUAAACAAAUGGUUAACUUUUGGUAAGGAAUAUAAAGCUUUUGAGGAUUCUAGUGAGCUUGAUUUUGAUAAAAUGGACGUAGGUGCUGUUCCAGAAGUGAUGAAGGCCAACCUCGAAAUGAACAAGGAAGGUCUKRCCUCUGACCUAACAUGUCUGCUCGAGCAAAGCUUACCAGAGUCCGUGACAGCCAAGUUCAAAGAAAAAAUGGAGCGGUUCUUCAUUGCUGGAUCUGCAAGGAUUGAUCUCAUCGCAAAAGUCAUUGAUUUAGACAAUGAGAUCGGGGGAUACAACUUUGACAUUCCAAAUCUCGAACAAACAGCUGAUGAGAUUCAAAGUCUUGCAAAUAUUGGAGAAUCUCCGAUUGAAGAUCACAUCCAACAGAUGUUUCUUGACGAUCUCUUGACCUCUUAUCAGGAAAUGGAAACUACUUUUUCCAAAAAGCUGUACUUGUUUUACAAAAGCUUUGAGUUCCGUUCGCUGUGGGAUGUUAGUGACAAGUUGACUGGGUUUGAAAGAGCCGCAAGUGAAGMAGCACSCAACAAUGGGCAACUUCAAGGCGUUGUACAACUGACCAACGCUCUCCGGACGAUAACUGAACUCGAGAGUAAAGGAAGACAGUGUUUUUCAAAGUUUAUUUAUAGGACUAAUCUACACAAAUGGUCUUACAAUAAAGAAGAGCAUCCUUUGUUGUUUGAAGACCUUCAUCAAACUGGUUUGACAAGACUAACCUUGGGAAUAGACAAGAGUUGUUCAUCGUGCUACAAUGUCCGUCUUUUGGAGAUGUAUAUUGAGUUCUAUGGAGAUACCACCCAGGAAGAAAAUAACAUGCCAGCUGAGGUCCAUUUAGAUGUCAGACACGAAGGAGMCUCCUUUUUUAGAAAUGCAACUGGAGAUAUCAAACAAUUUCGACAGAAAUUAUCUAAGACGUCUUGGCGAGGGUUCACGUUCGACCGUUUAGUUAUUACCAAUGAAGAGAAAUGUAACGAAGAAAAACAGAAAGGAAUUAGUGAUUCUCUGUACUGCAUGAAUGAAGAAGACAGUAGAUUGCAACCAAUGUGCUGCCAUUUCCUUAGCAAUACACCCUGUGAUGAUGCACUCCUUGGAUCGGCAGAAUGUCAAAGUGUCUUUGGUACUUACUCGAUAAAAAUGCCAAAAGAUGAAAAAGCCGAAUGUGGUGGCUCACAAAUGGCUAAUAAAAACUGCAAGGACUUUGAUCGAUCUCUUUACACCAAGAUGAAUGUUUGGAUUCGCUCUAUGUACUGGAGUGAUCACUAUCCAACAGGACCAGAUGAUCCACAAUGUGCAAUCCAUGCAAAGAAGAGAGAUAAGACUAUGCCAGAACYCCUUCAAGGGCGACUAACUUUGAAUUAUAAAGCUAAAUAAUGUCGAAUGAUCGAGGAAUAAACGUUAAGAUAAUAUUACGGAAUAUUAUAAAUGUGAUUGAUAAUUGAUGGAAAUGAAGCAAAUCUUUAACGUAAAGUUCUCAGUCCAGGCCACAUCAUCAUUACUUAUAGUUUCACCUGUAAAUAAUAACCGAUGGCAGGCUCGUAGGCUGCCUUAAAGGGACACUGUCAAUGGAUGACAUGCGCAGUAACAGUCUCACCUCUAAC